AUGCUCCAUAGCUUCCCGAACGUGCGCAUUGGGCUGAUGGUCGGCAUCGGAGGCGGCGCGCCUAGCCAGAAGCAUGACAUUCGACUUGGUGAUGUCGUCGUUAGCAGCCCACGUGACGGAAAGGGCGGCGUCUUCCAGUACGACUUUGGCAAAACCAUCCAGAAUUGCAAGUUCCAAGAGACUGGGUUCUUGAACCAGCCACCAGCGCUGUUGCGAACGGCUCUUGCUACGCUCAAGGCGACAUAUGAGAUGAAGGGCCACCGGCUUGCUGACGACGUAAAUGCGAAACUGGAGAAGAUCAAGAAGCGGAAGAAGUACACACGACCUAACCCGGCAAGCGAUAGAUUGUACAAGCGUGAUAUUGUACACCCUUCGAGCUCACCCCACGGCUGCGAUGUCGAGUGCGGUGAUGAUGCCGCCUGCCUUAUAGCUCGGCACGAACGAGACGAAGAGGACGACGACCCUGCCAUCCACUACGGCUUGAUUGCUAGCGGGAACCAGCUGAUGAGGGACGCGCGUGUCCGGGACACGUUGGCGGCGGAGAGGGACGUUCUCUGCUUUGAGAUGGAGGCCGCCGGCCUGAUGAACCACUUCCCGUGCCUAGUCAUCCGGGGAGUCUGCAACUACUCCGACUCGCACGAGAACAAGGAGUGGCAAGGCUUCGCGGCGAUGAUGGCGGCAGCGUAUGCCAAGGAUCUUUUGUGCCAAAUUGCGCCGAACAGUGUCGAGGCUGAGAAACCCAUGCACGAAGUGCUUGAUUCCAUUCAAGAUAUUCUUUUUGAAGUCCAGCUGGGUAUACAAAAGCUCAAACUUGGUAAAACUAAGGAUCUGUCUGUCGCCUGCAAACCUCAUUUCGUCGUACCGUUUCCUUCCGACCCCGAUUUCUGUGCCGGGCCUGAAAAUCGCUUUGCUCUAGUGGGAUUGGGUGGCAAGUCCCAGAUGGCCAUCCAGUCCGCUCACCAAGUCCACGCCGCCUUACCCGAAACCAGUAUCUUCUGGGUCCGUGGUAGCACGAAAGCGAUAUUCGAAGAAUCCUACCGCUCUAUAGCAGAUGCCCUAGCGCUUCCUCGUCGUCAUGAGUUAGGCGUUAAUGUCCUAAGAAAGGACGUAAGCCCGUGGCUGAUGAUUGCAGACAAUGUAGACGACAUUGAGAUACUAUUCUCCAAGAUGGAUAAGCAAAACGAUGCAUCGAUGCCAAUAGCGUCGUAUCUACCAAAAUCGAACAAAGGGAAGAUCCUAUUUACGUCGCGCAGCUGGGAUGCCGCAGAAAGGUUAACGGGUAAUGGCAGUAUGGUUUUGAGAGUCCUAACAAUGGACGAAGCGCAGGCAUUACUUCUCCUCCAGAAGAAGCUAGGCCCACAUAUCGACAAGGCCGUCGCACUGCGCCUAAUUCGCACCCUUAACCACAUCCCACUCGCCGUGAACCAAGCAGCAGCGUACAUCUAUAGACAAAGCCCUCAAGUGACUGUCCAGUCAUAUCUAGACGAAUUCGAAAGGAGUGAAAAAAGUAAAGGCACUCUUCUUCGCAGCGAUAGAGGGGAUAUGCGACGAUACGACGGGGUGUCCAACUCUAUUGUUGUGACGUGGCAGAUGUCGUUUAAGCAGAUCAAACGGGAGCAGCCACGGGCAGCUAAUCUUCUUUCGCUGAUGAGCUACUUCUACACACAAAACAUCCCCAAGUAUAUGCUGCACAACUACAACAGCCGCUUUGUAGAUGAAGACGAGGGCGACGACGACGACGACGAAUACGACGACAAAAACAACGGGGAUUUUAAAGACGACUUACAUGUGCUCCAUGACUACUCCCUUAUCUCGAUGACAGCCACAUCGGGGUUUUAUGAGAUGCACCCACUAGUACAAUUUUGUACAAAGGUGUGGAUUUCGAAAUUUGGUCACCUAAAGCGAUGGAAGAGACUCUUCCUCCAGUCCGCCUCACAACACUUUCCAUCAGGUGUCUUCGAAUGGCCAAGAGACCGUUGGAUGAUUGACUUCACUGCGCCCCCAAAUCCAUCCACUAAUUGA